UUCCUUCUGUUCCGAUCACGAUUGCAUCUCCUUUCAUUGAAUCGUGCAUUCGUGCACGCAUUGUCCUCGCUCGGACGAUAAUUAAAUUGUUCGACUUUAUAACAUUCGUUUAAAAUUCUCUUCGAUCUUGUUUUCUUUUUUUUUUUUUUUUCGUGACGAGUGGAAAACUUUUGUUUCAUGCGAACGAUAUCAAUUUUUAUAUUUUGAGUAUGAAAAUGUAUUAUAUACGAGAUAUAUUUUCUAUAAAUAUUAUAUAACGAAUGAAAUAUUUUAUAUCGUACCUUAUUAUUAUCGUACGUAUGAAUUAAUUGAAUUGGAGAAAAUAAUUUUUCUACAAAAAUUCUAACGUGGAAUGAUAUUUGAUGCAAAUUGAAGAUGUAAAUGUCACUCUGAAUAGUAAAAUUAUAUACUUUUGAUAAUAUUUGUAUCUGGUAUUAAUCAUCGAUCCAUUGAAACGAUUCUGUCCAUCUUACUUUCUUUUCUAAAAUCACUCCAAAGAACUACAUAUGUCGAUCUACUUAAUAGUGUAAUGAUAUAUCGAUCACGAAAUAGUAGACCGUGAAGUUUGAAAUUGAGAAAGGAAAAGAGGGGUUCUUACCGUUCGAAGUUGAAAUUAAAACGAAAAUGGUAAUUUCAAGUAUGAUCCAAAUACGUUCACUAUUCAUCACUCCUCGAAUCUGUGAAAUUUCUCCAAACAAGGAAGAAAUUCUGAAAUGAUAUAAUACAACAUGGAGGAAAGGAGGGUUUCUCAGACGAAAAAUCAUGGAUUCUCGCGGCUGACGAAUUUGGAUGUCAAGGCGGUCGCCGGUUCACAGCACGUGAACACAAACGAUGACCAAUCCGAAAUGGAUGUUGCAUCGGUGUUUCUUUCAUAAUGACGUAUUGCAUUCGCAUAAUCCCAGAGUAACAAUGCCAGUCUUUGCUAUUAGUGUUAACAGAGGAAAGCCAAUACGAAGGCUGGGAAAAAUUAGUGUGGGGGCUGUGGCGGAAUACGCCACAGCCUUUGUUAUAAAAGAAACGGAGACCAACGUUGGACAGACAGUGGUACUCUGUUGACAGAUAAGGGAAAAAUUAGUGCAAUUCAUACAGGAGUUAACUGGCUAGUGUCAGCUGACGGAUGAUAAUGGCUUGCUUGAAACUUUACACGAUCCUGUUGCUGGCUGUCUUCAUUGGCAUCGUUUCUGCGAAACCAGGAUACCUCGGUGGAUACGGUGGAUACGGUGGAUACGGUGGAUACGGUGGAUACGGUGUAUACGGUGGAUACUAUUAUCCUUACCUUUAUAAAUAUCCGUUCUAUGGUACUUUCGGGCACGGUUAUGGAUACGGCUUUCCUGGGUAUGGUUACGGUCAUCAUUAUUAAUAGAAAAGGCGAUCAUUUGGAUACUGCGAUAUACCCAAAGAAGAUAUAUUUACAUCUUUCCUAAUUUUAGAUUUAUCGACUCUGCUCUGUCGAAAUCUUCUUUAAGAGAAAAAUUGUAAAAAAAUAUUCAUAUACUUUCACGAUAUUCUCGAAAUUUUUUUCACUCCAUAUAUUCGAAUGAUAAUUCUCGAAAUUAUCUCGUCGUAUUAUUAUAUAAUAUCAAAUCGAUGAUGUUUUUUUUUGUCGAGAAAACUUGGAUUAUAUUUGAUUCAAUUUUUAUAUCUUCGUUGAACGGAUGCAAAUCAAUAAAAUUUAGAUUUUAAUGGAA